UUAGGGGCCCAGCCCCAGCAUGUGGAAGGGUUUAUAAGCUGGGGCACUGGGCUCCUCAGCACAAGGCCAUUCUUUCUCAUCCCCGUGCUCUCUGGCCUCCGGCUCUCCAAGCAGCAUGGCCUUCAACGGCAAGUACGAGUUCGAGAGUGACAAGAAUUAUGACGAGUUCAUGAAGCGCCUCGGGCUCCCCAACGACGCUAUCGAAAAGGGCCGAAACUUCAAGAUUGUCACGGAGGUGCAGCAGGAUGGACAGAACUUCACCUGGUCCCAGCACUACCCGGGGGGCCACUCCAUGACCAACAGGUUCACCAUCGGCACGGAGUGUGACAUGGAGACCAUGGGGGGCAAGAAGUUCAAGGCUACCGUGCACAUGGACGGGGGGAAGAUAGUGGUGGACUUCCCCAACUAUCACCAGACCUCGGAGGUUGUGGGUGACAAACUGGUAGAGAUCUCCACCAUCGGAAACGUGACCUAUGAGCGUGUGAGCAAGAGGCUGGCCUGAGCAAGCAUGUGGGGCUGCCCCGGGACCACAAAGCCACUAGUAAAGCUGCGAUAAGAACAGA